AUGAGCCGCUCUUCUGUGGGUGCCGCAAUUUCCAUGGGCGCGUUUCUUCACCUUUUGGGCUACCACGCUGCGAAACUGCCGCGGCAGGAGCAGCGCCGAUGCCGUUUGCCCGCAUCUGGAAGCGAACCACCACUCAGUUCAAUGCGCCGUGAUUCCGCUGUGGGCAUUGGGCUGUGGUACUGGGGCGCCUCUCCGGAGCCUUGCUUUACACCUGGCCCCGUGCGUCUCAAGGCGGUCGCGGCCGUUGCGGCAUUGUCAUGGAGUCUGCUCUUGCCGGCGCGGGGCGGAGGGCGUGCAGCUCGGCACAUCCCGACCUCAGGGAGGUGGAGGUAUGUGGCGCUGCCCCGCCAACGCGUUCCGCCCCGCGCACAGGCCUGA